CUUCCUGCUUUGUUUGAGAGGGAGCGAAUUGACGGACUGAAUAGGCUAGCUGUGGAGUUUAGAACAUACGAAUGUGGGCUGGGAAGUUUAGAACAUACUAAGAAUGUGUUGGUUUUGAGUGAUUGUGAUUCACUCCCAGUCAGUGACAACAGACAGGAUAAGGAUAAGCAGUCAGGUCAAGUUAGGUUGUUAAAUUACUGUGCAAGUUAGCAUUUGUUGAUUCAAUUUAGCACUUAGCAAGUUCUGGUCACUACAGGAUCCUGUUUUGAAACUGGAUGUAAAAGGGUCAAGCAUGGAUGUUGCUGUUGCAGAGGAACCCCUGAGGAAAAUCUUCAGAGCAAAAAAGACUAUGAAAGUCAGCGAUCGACGGCAACUGGAAUCCCUUCACACCACUCUUUCCUCUCCAUGUUCUUUCCCAUCCCCACCUCAGCCAUCAAUGGUAAAUGGGAAGCACUGUGAAGCUGUGUCUAUGGAAGUAGAUAAAGAAAUGCAUGGAACUACACAUACCACCACUCAUGCCACUUCCUCCCUGAGAGCCACAUCCCUAACCACUGAGAUCUCUGAGGAACCAACAGCCUCUGAAUUACUGGUUUCUUCAUCACAGAACAUACACUCUGAUGUAAAAGAUGUUCAGGAAGAAGGAGAGGGGGACAAGGAGUCUACAUUACCCAGCCUCGAGGUAGAAGACAAAAUGAAGGGGGAUAGAAAUUCCAAAGGAGAUGUUAUUGUUUCCUCUCCUGUGAGUUCAGAGAAAACAGAAGCAGUAAGAGAGAGACAGGUUGAUGGUAUGGAAAUGGACCUGGUACCAGGUACCACUCAGGAUACAGUGCCCAUAUUGAACCCUGCCGCCUCCCUCCUCCUGUCUUCCAACACGGCUGUAGAGUCUGUCUCUUCCCCUUCGCUCUCCCCAUCAUACACGGCAGAGUCAGACCAGGAGGUCAGGCCAGGGUUCCUGGUGCUUAGUGAAGAUGAUGAUGUCCAGGAUGAGAGUGAUGAGGAACAGAGGGAACGUGAAGGAGGGGUAGAAAAAGUUGAGGUUAACAUGAAGAAGCCAGAACAAAUUGUAAGUGGUGCUUCAUCACCAACGCCCCUUCAGAUUGAUGAAGAAGAGGAGGGUGCUGCUCUACAGAAGAAACGAUCCUUGUCUGGAGACUCAGAGGAUGGUGGUGAAAAACAGGGAGAAAGAGACUUGGAAGUGGUGGAGAGGCAUAACAAGAGGCCCAGAGUAGACUGUGAAGAGCUGGAGGCUCAUGUGGAGCUGAAGAUCAGUGGGAGCGCUGAAAGGCAACACAAGCUAAAGAAGGUGGUGCAGCAGCUUGUUGAGGAGCAGUUGUGUGUUCUGCAGCUCACACUAUUUGACAAGAGUCUUCAGGGGCUCAGAGACAGACUGGACAAAAUAGAAAAACACCCGAGUGCACUCAAGAGCCUGCAGGCAAAGAUUGGCCGACUUUCUAAGAAAGUUGGAACUGCCAUCCAGGCCAGGGAGAAUGCCAAGAAACCUCCAGAGGUACUGUUGCCACCUACCUCUACUCAUGCCACAGCAACCACCCCAGCAGAAUCAGCAAUUCUCGACCUGAGAACAAUGGGGAACAACACACCGGAUCCAAAGCGUAAUGAUCAGAGCAGUCAAACCCCUACUCCUGUACGUAAUGAUCAGAGCAGUCAAACCCCUACUCCUGUACGUAAUGAUCAGAGCAGUCAAACCCCUACUCCUCUACGUAAUGAUCAGGGCAGUCAAACCCCUACUCCUGUACCCACAGCCUCCUUGCUACCUUCCCCCUCUUCCACAGCCUCAGUCAGAUCUCAACCCACAUCCCAAACCUUGAUGCUGAGCACCUGUGUUACCCCAACACCAGGCCCGUCCGCCUUCCCUCUCCAGUCAUUCCUCAUACAGCUGCCUGGUGGAGGGACAGCCAUCCUUACCAACCCAACCAACUCCCAGCUAAUCCCAGUGUGCGCACUUCCCGCCAUGACGAGUUCCACCGUGACACCCACCACUGCCUUCCUCCUGCAGAGGACUACUCCCUACACCCCUGCUGCUCCCAAGCCCCCCUCUGUUUCUGCCCUCUUAUCUCAUUUCGCUGCCAUACCCACAACCACGACUACACCCACUGACAUACCAGCUGCCACAACGUCCCACAUGACCACACCCAUAACCACACCCACAUGCAGGGCCACAACCACACCCUGGGCCACAACCAUAACCACACCUACAUGCAGGGCCACAACUACACCCUGGGCCACAACCAUAACCACACCUACAUGCAGGGCCACAACCACACCCUGGGCCACAACCAUAACCACACCUACAUGCAGGGCCACAACCACACCCUGGGCCACAACUGUAACCACACCCACAUGCAGGCCCACACCCAGGGCCACAACCGUAACCCCACCCAGGGCCACAACCGUAACCACACCCAGGGCCACAACCGUAACCGUAACCACACCCAGGGCCGUAACCGUAACCACACCCAGGGCCACAACCGUAACCACAACCACACCCAGGGCCACAGCCACAACCACACCCAGGGCCACAGCCACAACCACACCCAGGGCCACAGCCACAACCACACCCAGGGCCACAACCAUAACCACACCCACACGCAGGGCCACAACCACACUCUGUGCCACACCCAAUGUCUCCCACCCUGGAGCCACUGGGACAGUCAGCAGGCCCAGCUCCGGUGUGUCCGUCUGUGAGUCCAUUCGGCUUGUGUCUGUGACGAACUCCACUUCAACUUCAUCCUUACCAAGAUUCUCAAUGCCAGCCACCACAGGCACUCAACCCUCUGUGCGACCAGCUGCCUCUGUGCAUCAAGCUGCCUCAGUACAACUAGCUGCCCCUGUACCACAUGUGCCUGCAAAAACAGGUAGUGAAUCUACAAACCCUCCUUCAGACUCCACACAGGCAUCUCAUCCUGCCAUAUCAGAAGCAUUCAUAGACCUGACAGAGGAGGAGGAGGAGGAGGAUGAUGAUGAUGUUCUAGUUACUGGAGUGCUGAAGGCUCCGAUGGCUUUGAAGGCCUCACCCUCGCCUUCAACAGCGGGUCAGCGAACAACAGCCACACAGCAAACCUCCACUUCAGUCGGAACACAGGCCGUGAGGUCAUCUCUUGGUCAGAUGUCAGGUGUUGGGUCUCCGCAUGCUGUUUAUCAUCGCCCCCUGCAGGGCUCCCCAUCUAAAAGUGUUGCCUCGGCAACAUCCACUUCUUCAUCUUCCACACCUUGCCCCCAGCCCUCUCCCCUUCCCCCCUUGCCUGUCCCACCUCAAACUAUCAGCCUGCCCCUAGAAGCGGCCAGCACCAGCCCUCCACAGCAGCCUCUGCUCAAAAUAACCCGGGUUCCGAGCCAUAAUGACGGCAUCGUGCUCUCCUGGUCUGUGACUGAGGUAGACAGGAGCUGUGCUGCCGUGGACAGCUACCACCUAUACGCCUACCACCAGGACCACUCUGGCCCCAGCACACACCCCCUACUCUGGAAGAAGAUCGGGGAGGUGAAGGCCUUGGCUUUGCCCAUGGCCUGUACACUCACACAGUUUGUCUCUGGCUCCAAGUACUACUUUGCAGUCCGUGCCAGGGACGUGUUUGGCCGCUUUGGACCAUUCUGUGAGCCUCAGUGCACUGACGUCUUAACGUCCCCUUCACCGAAAGCUCCAAUUUAACCACACGCUAAGAAUUAAGGUAAAAUGUUUUGUGUCAAGUUAAAACAAGAGGAGAAAUGUUGAUUUUGUAGAUUUUUUUUCUGGUUACUUAGAAAGCCAAAGUGAAAAGUUCAGUAAAUCUUCUGGCAAAACGAAUUGCUCUAUUUUCAAA